AGUAGCCCCACAGCUCGGGUCCCCAGAGCUGCCCAGCAGGUGAGCCUCCCACCGCACCGUUUUCCUCCAGAUUAAAGGUCGAACACAGCUGAAAAGCAGCAGCCAUCCUAUCCACUUGUCACUGGACUUGAAACGCCUUUGACCUUGGGAACCGAAGAUGAGGUUGCCAUGGGAACUACUGGUCCUGCAAUCAUUCAUGUUGUGCCUUGCAGAUGAGCACACACUGCACGGCCCGGUUUUUAUUCAGGAACCAAGUCAUGUGAUGUUUCCUCUGGGCUCCGAGGAGAAAAGAGUGAAGCUCAGUUGCCAAGUUCGAGGGAACCCCAAGCCGCACAUCAGGUGGAAGUUAAAUGGAACAGAUGUUGACAUAGGUAUGGAUUUCCGCUACAGUGUUGUUGAAGGCAGCUUGUUGAUCAAUAACCCCAAUAAAACCCAGGAUGCGGGGACGUACCAGUGCGUAGCAACAAACGCCUUUGGAACAGUGGUUAGCGGAGAGGCAGAGCUCCAGUUUGCUUACCUUGAGAACUUCAAGACGAGGGCGCGGAGCACGGUGUCCGUCCGUCGCGGUCAGGGGAUGGUGCUGCUGUGCGGGCCGCCUGCCCACGCCGGAGAGCUGAGCUAUGCCUGGAUCUUCAACGAGUACCCUUCCUACCAGGACAACCGCCGCUUCGUCUCCCAGGAGACCGGGAACCUGUACAUCGCCAAAGUGGAAACUUCGGACGUCGGGAACUACACCUGCGUGGUCACGAACACGGUGACGAACCACAGGGUGCUGGGCCCCCCCACGCCGCUGAUCCUGAGGAACGACGGGGUGAUGGGCGAGUAUGAGCCCAAAAUCGAGGUGCAGUUCCCAGACACGGUCCCCACCGCCAAAGGCGCCACCGCCAGGCUGGAGUGCUUCGCCCUGGGCAACCCAGUGCCCACCAUCACCUGGAGGCGAGCGGACGGAAAGCCGGUGGCCAGGAAGGCCAGGAGACACCAGUCCAGCGGGGUCCUCGAGAUCCCCAACUUCCAGCAGGAGGACGCCGGGCUGUACGAGUGCGUGGCUGAGAACUCCAGGGGGAAAAACGUGGCGAGGGGGCAGCUGACUUUCUACGCUCAACCUAAUUGGAUUCAAAAAAUAAGCGAUGUCCACGUGGCCAUUGAAGAAAACGUCUUCUGGGAAUGCAAAGCCAGCGGCAGGCCCAGACCCACGUACAGGUGGCUGAAAAAUGGCGACCCGCUGUUCACUCGGGACAGAAUUCAUAUCGAGCAAGGGACACUCAACCUCACGGCGGCGAGCCUGUCGGACGCCGGCAUGUACCAGUGCGUGGCGGAGAACAGACACGGUGCCAUCUUCUCCAGCGCGGAGCUCGGCGUUGUAGCGGCGGGUCCCGAUUUUUCAAGAACCCUCUUGAAAAGGGUGACUCUGGUCAGAGUGGGGGGUGACGCCAUCAUUGAGUGCAAGCCGGAAGCUGCUCCCAAGCCCACCUACACCUGGAAGAAGGGGAGGGACGUGUUGAGAGACAGCGAAAGAAUUACUAUUUCUGAAGAUGGUAGCCUCAGAAUCAUCAACGUGACGAAGGCCGACGCUGGGAGCUACACCUGUGUGGCCACCAACCACUUCGGCACCGCGAGCAGCACCGGGAACCUGGCGGUGAAAGACGCAACCAGGGUGACGGUGCCCCCAGCCAGCAUGGACGUCACCGUCGGGGAGAGCAUCGUCCUCACCUGCCAAGUGACCCAUGACCCCUCGCUCGACAUCGUGUUCACCUGGUGGUUCAACGGACGUCUGGUCGACUUCGACAGGGACGGGGACCACUUCGAGAGGGUUGGAGGGCAGGACUCGGCGGGCGACCUGAUGAUCCGCAACAUCCAGCUGAAGCACGCGGGGAAGUAUGUGUGCCUGGUGCAGACCAGCGUGGACCAGCUGUCCGCGGCCGCCAGCCUGAUCGUCAGAGGUCCCCCAGGGCCCCCGGAGGCCGUGACCAUCGAUGAAAUCACGGACACCACCGCCCAGCUGUCCUGGAGGCCCGGGCCCGACAACCACAGCCCCGUCACCGUGUACGCCAUUCAAGCCAGGACUCCGUUCUCCGUGGGCUGGCAAGCCGUCAGCACAGUCCCCGAAGUCAUCGACGGGAAGACGUUCACAGCAACCGUGGCAGGUUUAAACCCUUGGGUCGAGUACGAGUUCCGCACAGUGGCAGCCAAUGCGAUCGGGAUGGGGGAGCCCAGCCAGCCCUCCGAGAAGCGGAGGACCGAGGAGGCCCUCCCCGAAGUCACCCCAGCUAACGUCAGUGGCGGAGGAGGCAGCAAGUCGGAGCUGGUCAUCACCUGGGAGACGGUGCCCGAGGAGCUGCAGAACGGGCGCGGCUUCGGGUAUGUGGUGGCCUUCCGGCCCUAUGGCAGCGGGACCUGGAUGCUGACGGUGCUGGCCUCGGCCGACGCCUGCAGAUACGUCUUCCGGAACGAGAGUGUGCGCCCCUUCGCCCCCUUCGAGGUCCGAGUGGGCACCUACAACAACAAGGGCGAGGGCCCCUUCAGCCCCGUCACGGUGGUGUACUCCGCGGAGGAAGAGCCCACCAAACCACCGGCCAACCUCUUUGCCAGAAGUCUGUCUGCGACCGACAUCGAAGUGCUCUGGGCCCCACCCACGGAGAAGAACAGAGGCCGGAUACAAGGCUACGAGGUUAAAUACUGGAGACACGAAGACAAGGAGGAAAACGCGAGGAGAGUGCGCACGUCUGGAAACCAGACCUCGGCCACCAUCACCAACUUACGAGGCAGCGCGCUGUACCACGUGGCCGUCCGGGCCUACAACACGGCCGGGGCCGGCCCCGCCAGCGCCAUGGUCAACGUGACCACCAGGAAGCCGCCCCCCAGUCAGCCCCCCGGAAACAUCAUGUGGAAUUCCUCGGACUCCAAGAUCGUCCUGAACUGGGACCGCGUAAAGGCGCAGGGCAACGAGUCGGAGGUGAAAGGCUACAAGGUCCUGUACAGGUGGAGCAGGCACAGCGGCACGUCCGUCAUCGAGACGAACGGGACGUCGGUGGAGCUGGCCCUGCCGCCGGACGAGGACUGCAUCGUGGAGAUCAAGCCCUUCAGCGACGGAGGGGACGGCAGCGCCAGCGAGCAGAUCCGGAUCCCAAAGAGGACAAAUGCCUACGCCCGGGGCGCGGGCCCCUCCACCUCCAACGCCUGCGCGCUGUCUGCGCUCAGCACCAUCAUGCUCUCGCUCACGGCCAGGUCCAGCUUAUGACGGACGCUGCGGCGGCGCCGGCCACGACACAGCGCCACUGAGCUGGUGGCUUUGGGAACGCCCAGUGCUCGGUGACGUCGUUGUCGAGUGCGUCUUAUUACUGGGAAAACAUGUUUCUUGCUUCUCUAGGAAUGAAUGGCGGUCGGUCUACGAGCUUCCUCGGAGCACACCUAGCUUCGCCCGCGGUUCGCGGGACACGGGCAAUGCACUGAAGACAUCUGUGAUACGAUGUUACCAAAGCGGUUUACAUACGUCCUUAUAUGCAUAUUUUUAUUAUAUAGUUAGUGUUUUAUAGAAUUUUUUAAAGUUAACAUGAAAUGUAGAUAUUAAUUUUUUCCUCUGCUAUAAAAUGCAAUGGGCACCAGUCACACAGUUAUGGUUUGAGAACGUUUCCUUCAGAGACAGAGUGUGCAGCUCGCCUUGACGACGAAAUUGCAAAGCCCUGGUCCUGCUUCACAUGGAGGGGGCAGGCAGCUGGGCCCGCUCUGCGCCGGGCUGCUGGCGGGCGGGCCGAGAAUGACGCUCAGGACAGCCCAGCGCUAGGCCCGGUCCUUGCACAUGGGAACACCGGGUCUUCCGCUCCCAUGUGGAUUUUGUUGGGCGGUGCAACUCGAGACGGUUCCGGGAGCGGGUACAAGUUCAGACCGAAAGGGCUGCCCCCGAGAGCCGCCCCGUGGCACAAGGUGAGACUCGCUCUCCGUGCUGCUGAGCGAGCCUUGUCUCCACAGUAGCGCUGUCUCAGGCAUCACUCCAGAGGGCCCACGCCCGCGGUGACAUAGCCUGGAAGUCACUCUAGUCACCCGAGUCUUUCAGGGGCUCAAAGGUAACUCAAUUCUCUUUAAAUGUACCUGUUUGAACGUAUAUUUUAAAAGCAAAGGUGGUUCUCUGUUCACGGGUUCAUGACUUCUUUCCAGGAUUUCUCAUGUAGAGUAUGUAUAUCUCUCAAUGACAGAGCCCUUCUUUGGAGUCCAAAUCACACCUGGUGGGUGGCAGAUUUCCCCUCUUUCGGCGAGUAGUUGCUGCCGAGAACUUGUCCCCAGACUCUGGACAAGGUCUUCGGCACAGCUGUGGUCACCUCCGCGGCUCUCCUGUUCUGCAGUCAGUAGCCUAGACGCUUUAUAAACUUGACCUUCUAAGUCUGAAACACCACACAUUGGAAAGCAACGGCAUCAGCAAAGCCGCAUCCUUACGUGAGUGCUGUUUGUUACGGUGGGGGGGCAGUUUGCAGCUGGCACCAGCAGACCCAAAAGGCCACGACGUCUUCCACACAAGUGUCCGCACGUGGCCACGGGACCACGCUUCUGCUUUCUCGGAGCUCAGUUUGCCUGCGACUUGUCACUUUUCCUUCUCACGACCCGAGUUAACUUUCCCACCUUCGAGCUCUGUUUGUCCUUAACUCAUAAUCAGGAUCCCAGCUGUGCAGAAACUAGGCUGGUGACAGGAAGAACGUCGCCAGCCAGCAUUUCAAACUGCAGUCCAUCCUCAGUUUGACGUGGUUGCUUCUGUGUUAAAGCAACAUUUAAAACCCUCCCUCCCACUCUCUCUCUCUCUCACACACACACCACAAAAUGACGAAGCGGGUGGAAACAAGGACCCCGGGGCAGUCCCCACCGGUGUCAGUGAUGCUCACCAGUGGUUUAGCGAGCAUAUGUAAUCUUUUUCUAAAGGUGUUGUUAAUAAAUAUUCUGUCGUUUGUAAAGAUACGUGUCUUUUGGGAGCAUUCUUCUGGCCUGCCAGCCAGGGGGCCAGUUAGCUCACCCUCGUGCUGGUGACGAUGAGAGACCCUGAGACCAGAGGGGGGCUCCCACGUCUCGGGCCUGGACCCAAAGCCCAAUGGCCACAAGCUGCCCCCCACCCCAGACGACCUCACAGACACCCUAUC